CAGUUAUCUCUAAAUUAAGAUUGCAGAGUAAGUUUCCUCUCUUAUAAAAGAAAAAAAAAAUAAAACGAAACAGUUUUUGAAAAGCAGCAGCGAAGGGAAAGCGGGAAGACUCCAUAAGCUGUUCUUGAAAGAGAUAGAAAUAAAUUAGUGUUUAAACACUUAAAUAAUGGAAAGCAGCUCUACGGCAACGGCAAGACAUACUUGCCUUAAGCUGGAAAUUCCAAGCACCGAUCCUCUCUUCGUGAAAGGCACGUGGUUCGAUACUCACUUCCAUCUCUCCGUCACCGAUGGCCUCCGCGCUUGGCUCUGCAACGCGACGGAGGAGGAGGUGCAGGAAAGAGCGGCUCAGUGGGAUCAGCCCGUCGCUGAAUACAUUGAAUUAGCCGAACGGUAUUUAGGGUUUCAACAGCCCGGUACAGUCUACCGGUUCGUUGAUGCUGGCGAUGACCACAAAAGACUUUCAUGGACUUUCGAAAGAGAAGGAACUAAGCUUGAAUGGCGAUGGAAAUUCCAGCCGUCGUAUGAUAGCCGAAAGAUUACAGCAGGAAUUUUGGAUUUUCUUAUGGAUGCAAACAUUAACCUAAGCGUAGAAGAAGUGGUUAGAAAAACUCAAUCUUUUGAGAAGCUCAAACUGGAAGCUGAGAAAUGUUUAGAACAAAGUGAGAGAUUUACCAAUGAGAAGAUGGAAUUUGAAUCAGAAAUCUAUGCAAAGUUCCUUGGGGUCUUGAAUUCAAAGAAGGCAAAACUCAGGGAGCUUCGAGACCAGCUCUCAAAACAGGAAAUUGCAGGAAAAGCUUCGGUGGAUGAGGAAGAAUCUACUGAUAAAACAGAGAGCUACCAUAGUGGAAGUAAUGCAGAGGAAAGUGAAGAAGAAGCUGAAAAGAACAUCACAAGCAGUUCAAAGGAUAUUCCAGCAGGCAGAGAUCGUGGUCGAAAGAGAGCUACACGCAAGUAAUGAUCUGGUUGAGCAUAGAUUGGUAUGUUAACCCAAUGCUAUUCUCCCUCCCCUUUUGUGUGCUCUUCUUUUCCCUAAUCUGUAGAUUCUUCAACAUCUCUAACAAUAUAUUACAGUAGUUGAUAUUUCCGGAUUGGCAUUUUUUUGUCAUUUCUAAAAA